AUGAUUGCCAGCAUGGCGAUCCGCAUUCCCUUGCUGAGUCAGAAGCAGGAGUUCCGCACCUUGUGCCAGCAGCUGAAGCUUCAGGCGCAGCUCUGCCCCUGCUCCGACCUGGGCGUUCCAGGUGUGUGGGAGGUGCAGAACUCCGUCCGCUUGGGCUCCAGCGAGGUGGAGCAGGUGAAUUCCGUCAUCGAGGCCUGCUGUGCGCUGCUGGAAUUGGAGGCACGUCUGGAGCGAGGAGGUCAAGAUUUGACUGACCUCACACAGAGCUUGAACCUCGAGGUGGCAACAGGCGAAGCGAAGCGGCCCCGGCCGCCCGAGGAGGUCUUCGGCAGCGGCGACGCCGAGUUCCCCGGCUUCUCCGCUGAGACGUGUCCACCGGAGAUGCCAGAUCUCUCGAGGCAUCACAGCGUGAUGGCAGAGAUUCUGACGGCUGAUCCGACCAUCUACCAGCAACUCAAGGACCUUCGAACGCCUCUGGGUGUGUCCUUUGCGAGGUGUAUCAAGCCGGGCGUCGAUACGGUGGGCCACAGCUUCUUCAAGAUGAUCGGUGCAGCUGCGGGUGAUGAGUAUUGCUAUGAUGUGUUCGCAAAAUUGUUCGACCCAAUCAUCGCGAGGCGUCAGGUGAGGAGCCAAGUGGUGUCCGGCUCUCCGGCGCCGGCCGUGGUCAGCGUGCAGGUGUCCUUCGAGCGGAACAUUUCUCAGCUGCGCUUUACCCCGGCAAUGACCUUGGAGGAGCGACUGCAGGUGGAGCAGCUCCUGUGUGGUGCCCUGCAAUCGCUUCCGGAGCAUCUGGCAGGGGAGUAUUUUCCACUACCUGGUAGCUUUAGGCCUAUGACGGAGGCGAAGGAAGCAGAGCUGAGAGCAGAGAAAUGGCUCUUUGAGGUGCCGGACGCACCGUGGAUUUUGUCCAGUGGAAGAGCUCGAUACUGGCCUAAGGCCAGGGGAGUCUUCCUGAGCAAGAGCAAGGACUUCGCGGCUUGGAUUAAUGACGAGAACCACCUGAGGUUGAUCGUCCGGAGGGCGAACGGCGACCUCAAGGCGGCCGUCAGCCUCCUUUCCCAAGCGGAAGAGGCCUUGACGCGAUUCCUGCUUCAGAACGGGCAUCGCUUCGCCUCGAGCGAACGCCUGGGGUUUUUGACCACUUGCCCGAGCGAUCUGGGUGCCGCGUUUCGUGCAAAGUUGCGAAGCGCCUUGCCCUCGCUGGGUCACAUGACCGGCUUCAAGGAGGUCACUCGUGCUCUGGGUAUCCAGGCGAAGCGUGUGGCUUCUCAAGAUGGGAUGUGGGACAUCUCCUUGAGUUCCAACCAAUUGGAUCCAUCGAUGGACCCCACGGGCCAGGUGAAUAGCCUGCUGUUUGCUGCCCAUCACCUCUCUGCAUUGGAGAGGCGCUUGAAGUCUGGUGAGUCCUUGGAUCUCGUCGCAGAGGCGGAAGUGCUGAAGCAGUGA